GGCUUCACGGCCUUGGGGUGGGUCCUCUUGUCCCAGGGGGCGGAACUUAGCGGGCCUGUGGGUGUGGUCUGUGUGGACGUGGUCUCGUCUGGCCCCUCCCCGGGGCCUGACUGCGCACACUGGGAUCGCUAGGGCUGCUGCAACCGCGGACCAGAGCCAACAUGGCCGUGCUAUCUAAGGAAUAUGGCUUCGUGGUCCUGACAGGUGCCGCCAGCUUCAUCAUGGUUGCUCACCUUGCCAUCAAUGUGGCCAAGGCCCGCAAGAAGUACAAAGUGGAGUAUCCUACAAUGUACAGUAUGGACCCAGAAAAUGGACACCUCUUCAACUGCAUUCAGCGGGCCCACCAGAACACGUUGGAAGUAUACCCUCCUUUCUUAUUCUUCCUGGCUGUUGGAGGUGUUUACCAUCCGCGCAUCGUCUCUGGCUUGGGCCUGGCCUGGAUUGUGGGGAGAGUCCUAUAUGCUUACGGUUACUACACUGGAGGACAGAAAGAAAUGGAGAGAGAACGGGAAGAUGGGGAGAUAAAGAUAGACACCUGCAGACCUGCUUCACCGCCUGUGAAGCGACUCCCCUGCAGAGCCCAGGAAGCGCAGUCGGGGUGCCCUGGGUUCUAUUGCCCUCCUGGGUCUGAUGGGCACCACAGUGUGUGCAGCCUUCCAGCACCUGGGCUGGGUGAGAAGUGGCCUGGGUGGUGGGCAGCAUUGCUGCCACUGAAGACAUAGGAGAGGACCAGAGGCUCUGUUGCUCCACUCGUCCAUCUCCAAUGACUUCUGAUUGCAACUUUUUUUUUCUAAAUGUAAUAAAAAUUCCUGUGGCAUCAGCCUCAGCCCUAA